AUUGAAUUCAUGCAACGUAACUGUGUUCCCUGAUUUCCUGCAGAACCAAGAUGAGCUGGAGGUGCUCCUCCUCCGCCAAAACAAAAUCCAUGGUCCAAUUCCAAAAUGGUUGUGGAACACAAGCAAAGAAACUCUAGCAUAUAUAGACCUUUCUCACAACUUUCUCACAGGCUUUGAUCAGAACCACCCCGUUGUUCUUCCAUGGUCUAGGCUACGCAUUUUAGACCUCAGCUAUAACAUGCUUCAAGGAUUCCUCCCAAUUCCACCACAGUCUACCUUUGUUUAUGUAGUCUCAGAGAACGAACUGAGCGGAGAAAUCCCACCAUCUUUUUGCAACAUGAGUUUGUUUAUGCAGUCUCAGAGAACGAACUGAGCGGAGAAAUUCCACCAUCUUUUUGCAACAUGAGUUCUCUUCGGUUACUUGAUUUCUCUAGUAACAGUGUGAGUGGUAGGAUUCCACUGUGUCUGGCCAACUUCAGCAGUUCUUUGAAUGCACUGAAUCUUGGAAGCAACAACUUGUAUGGGGUCAUUCCUCAAGCUUGCACCAGCAGAAACAAUUUGAUGAAGAUCGACUUAGGUGGAAACCAUCUACAAGGGCAAGUACCAACAUCACUGGGGAGCUGUCUGAUGCUUGAGAAGCUUGAUCUUGGAAACAAUCAAAUAAAUGAUACCUUCCCCUUUUGGUUGGGAGCUCUUCCGAAGUUGCAGGUUCUCAUUUUGCGGUCCAACAAAUUCCAUGGUGAAAUACGCGGACCCAGAACCAAUUUUGGGUUUCCCAAGCUGCGUAUCAUUGACAUCUCUCAUAAUGGUUUUACUGGUGGGCAUAAAGUUUCAGGUCUCAGGGCAUUUGUGGACAGCCUACUACACAUGCUCAAUGACAAUGGUAAACAAAGGCAUGGAAAGGGUGUAUGAGAAGAUCCCCGACAUCUUCACAGCAGCUGAUCUCUCAAGCAAUAAAUUUGAAGGAGAGAUGGCUGAAUGCAUUGGGAAAGCCAAGGGGCUUCAUUUGCUCAACCUUUCCAACAAUGCUCUUACAGGUCAAAUUCCAACAUCCUUGGUGAACCUGAUGGAGUUGGAGGUGUUGGACCUUUCUCAGAACAAACUCUCAGGCGAGAUACCCCAACAACUAGUCCAGCUCACGUUCCUUGAGUUCUUCAAUGUGUCCCACAACCAUCUGAAGGGUCCUAUACCACAAGCAAAUCAAUUUAGUACAUUUCCAAAUAGCUCAUUUGAUGGGAACUUAGGAUUGUGUGGGAACCCUUUGUCAAGGGAUUGUGGAAAUCCAGAGGCAUCAGCGCCACCUCCUUCAACCUCUGAACAAAGUUACCCAGGUGAACUUGACUGGAUAAUUGUAUUGUUGGGAUAUGGAAGCGGGCUGGUAAUUGGAGUUCUUAUGGGGUACAGAUUGACCACAAGGAAACAUGAAUGGUUUGUGAGAACUGUCGGAAGACAAAAAUGAUGGAGGAGGAAAAAAUGAAUUAGGGACAUGGAGACUGACCUUAUCCAACUACACUUUUAAUGAAAGAUUUAAAUCUUUAUCUGUACAUUUCUUGUGUUUCUUCUUUAUUUGUAGCGAUGAA